UGUCAUGGUUACGCACGCUCGCGCGGUCGUGUAGAUUCAGCUAGCGAAAAACAAAUUAAAUUAUCAUCAGUAUUAAUGUUAUUAUUAUUAUUGUUUCUUUUACCAAGUUAAGUAUUAAUUUCCCACGAACACAACUGAGUAACGGAUUAAACACAAGAUUGAUGUUCCUGGAUCCGGUGAAAAGAUGGCAACGGCGUGGACUCGUGUGAACAGUGCAGAAAAAAGGGUGCCACACACUCGCGUGAGGGAUGAAUCUGAAAUUCAGAAAAUCUACUCCUUCGGGAGGAAACUAGGUCAAGGAAGCUUUGGGGUCGUAUGUGAAGUCACUCACGUGGAGUCUCAGAAGAAGUGGGCGAUUAAGAGGGUAAACAAAGACAAGGCUGGGAGUUCAGGUGUUAGGCUCUUGGAGAGAGAGGUGAGCAUUCUGAAGAGAGUACACCACAAGCACAUCAUCCACCUGAAGGAGGUGUUUGAGACGUCGGAGAAAAUGUACCUGGUUUUGGAUCUGUGUGAAGGUGGAGAGCUGAAGAAGCUCUUAGAGAAUAAAAAGCAUUUCAGUGAAGAGGAAACCAGACACAUAAUCAGAAGCUUAGCCGAUGCCACUGUCUAUCUGCACAAACAUGGCAUUGUUCACCGGGAUCUCAAACUGGAGAACAUUCUUGUGGAUAGCUAUCACGAGUCCGAUGGUCAUGCCGAGAUAAACAUCAAGAUCACAGAUUUCGGACUAUCCGUGCAGAAAGGUGGAGUGGGGACCAUGCUCCAAGCCACAUGUGGGACACCCAAAUACAUGGCACCUGAAGUGAUCAAUGGCUAUGACUACAGCCAGCAGUGUGACAUGUGGAGCAUCGGCGUCAUCAUGUACAUGCUGUUAAGUGGAGAACCUCCAUUCUGCUCAAAAUCUGAGAAGCACCUGUUUGAACUGAUUAAGAGGGGUGAGCUGAACUUCUCUGCUCCCUUGUGGGAAACCGUCAGUGAUUCAGCCAAAAUAGUACUGAGCAGUUUGCUGAAUGUCGACCCAGCACAUCGGAUCACAGCCAGCGAGCUUCUGAACAACCCCUGGGUCACGGGAGACACUUCCAAGGAUGCCGCCCCCACCAACGUGCUGAUGUUGAUGCGACAGUUUAGGAACGAUCCGGAAAAUAGGGAGGAGGUGAGCGAUGGAAUGGCCAGUCUCUCCUUCAGCUGCACUCAGGACAGCGCAGCGGAGACUGUGGCUGCCCCAGAAACUCCGUCGGCUCCUGGAUGUGCUCCAGUGCAGGCACUCGAUGAAGACCCGAACAGCAGCGACAAAAAACCUUCCACAUCCACAAAAACGAAAAAGACGAAAUUGCACUCUUCCUACAGUUCAAUGAAGAACGGCUCAGCUGCAAAGACGAGCAACACAGUGUCGUCCUUAACAAGGAACAAACACACAAGCACAAAGCGUCACAGCAUUCAGGACAAGCAAGAGAGCAACAAUAAGAUUUCACCAAAAGAUCACCCCUCCACCUCCUCCUCGACAAGCCACUCCCCAAAACCAGGACGCGGGCCGAGAGGAUCAGGUAGGCCACGCGCACCUUAAAGUCCAGGGGAGGAAAUCAGUGCUGCACAGGAAAUACUGAGAGGAUCUGCUGGACAUAUAAACCAGAGAAUGACUCAACCUUUAUGAUCAUGGACCAUGACAACGUAUUUAAGUCUUAAACAAUUCUAAUGUGGGAUAGAAAUAAAAUGAAAAAAAUUUAAUCUGCUUCGAGUCCAUGAAUUUAAGAUUAUUUAAUGACUGCGUAAGAACUGGGUGAGCAUCUGACCCGAGUCCCAGCUGCCAUAUAGGAAAAUAUUUUGAAUUUUAAUAUUCAAACCAAAAUGAAAGCAAAUACUCUUUAACAGGGUUUCAGGGUUUAAUAGCUGUAUACCUUUUUUACCUUUGGAUAUAAUGCCACCUAACCAAAGAUCACUGGAACAACUCUAAACUGGAAUUUCAUGUAAAUAAACACCACAAAAAACCCCACAACUGUUAAUUUUAUGAAUAUUAAAUUGCCAAAUUACUGUAUACAGGAAAUGAUUAUAUUUCUUCAAUAAAAACAAAUAAGUUCUACUGGAA